AAUUUGCUUAAAAUCAAUAUUUCUUUUUCAUUAUUAAUCCAAGUUUCGAGAGGGUAAUAAUAAAAACUCACCUACUUCGAUAGCGAUUAAUUGAACCCCCAAAUCACCUUUCAUGGUCUGAGGAAGAUUCGAUUAUCGAACAAAAAAGCUUUCUUUUCAUCCAGAAAUGGAGACCAUCGAUGGGAACACGAUAACAACUGAAACCCUAGGAGGGGUAUUUUCGUCUUUUUCCCCAACUGAUGAUUCGCAUAAAAUCUUAAAACCCAGUUCGGAGGAAAAAGUCGGUGAAGAUUUGCGGCCGGAAAAUGAGGUUUUGUGUGAUGAGACGACGGCGGGUGGCGGCGGAGGAGAUGGUGGCGCUGCGGUGGUUGUUACAACGACUGUAAUAGAAAAGACUCAGACUUCUGUUGUGAUUCAAGAAGUUAAAGACGACGACGUUUUAGAGAAUCAAGCAGAAGGAUUUGAGAUUCAUGAGAAUGAGAAAGAAGGGGUUUCUGGUAAUUUGGUUGGUGGUGAUGAUGAGAAUAUGGUAUUUGCAGAUGCAAAGAGCUCGUUUUCCGGCGGUAAUGGCGGCGAGAUGAAGUCGGUUUCCGGGGUUAGUGAUCCGACAGGAGUUGAUAAACAAGAAAACGAAGCGGAAAUCGUCGAAUCCAGGGAAGAUACGAGCAAGGACGAUGAGGGAAUUCAUGUAAACGGUCAAGAUUCCGUCAGGGAAUUAGCGGAGAAUGAAGGCGAUUAUGAUGGUGAACGGGAUGAACCCGUAGAAGAAGAAGAAGAUCACGAUUUCGUCGUGGGUGAUUUCAUUUGGGGUAAAAUCAAGAGUCAUCCAUGGUGGCCCGGUCAGAUUUACGACCCUUCGGAUGCGUCGGAUUAUGCCGCUACUUUGAAACGUAAAGGUCAUCUCUUGGUAGCGUAUUUUGGGGACGGGUCGUUUUCUUGGUGCUCACCAUCUCAAUUAAAACCGUUCAUCGACUGCUUUGACGAAAUGUCGAAGCAGAGUGACUCCAAGAAGUUUGUGAAUGCGGUUCAGAAGGCUUUAGAAGCGGUUGGUACACUCGUGGAGGCGGAAAUGAUGUGUAAAUGUCGACCAGUUGAUCAGGAUGGUGACGGGUUUGUGGCCGUGAACAGCGGGAUCAAGGCGGGAGUUGGUAUGCCGAAAGGGAACACGAUCAAGAUUUUGAUCGAUGGAAUGAAUCCGGUGGAGCUUUUUUCGACUUUGAAAGCUUCUGCAACAAUGGAGCCAGGUGUAAAAAUGGCUGAGCUUGAACUCACUGUUUUGAAAAGCUGCCUGACUGCUUUUUAUCGAUGGAAAUGCGGUCAAUCAUUGCCAGAAUAUCACGAUCUGAAGUAUAUCGAAGGUCUUGAAGACGGGGAGAGAAGCGGGUUCGUUUCGGAUUCCGAUAUCAACGGCCCGUCAGAAAGUGGUGACGGAAAGUUGCAUCAAAAACGGAAGCAGAAAAGUGUGGCGGAGCUUUUGGGAGAAGGCGGUGAAGACGAACGUAAAAUCAAGAAAGUGAAAACGAGCGGUGGAGGUUCUGGUUCACGAUCGUUGAAGAGGGAGCGGAAACGGAAGGCGUUGGUGGUGUCGGUUUCGCCGGAAAGCGAUUUCGACAGCGGUGGAAUUGAAGAAGAAACAAUGUCGCCACGCCAACGGAAGAAAAGCAAGUAUCUUUCGCCACCGUAUACAAGUCCAAUCUGGACCGGAAAACAUUCAGGUUCGUUUAGAGAGCUGAAAACGGAAUCCGAGAAGGUUCCAGAAAUGGCGGCUAAACAUCUAGAAGAUUCUUUGAAAAGGAGCAGCAGCAGCAGUGGGAGGAAAUCUCGAUCUCAUCACCACCGAGGAGGUCCGCGAGACGGGUGCGAACGAGAUUCGAAAGACGACCAGAAGACGAUAAUUGAUUCUGCUGUGAACGUGAACAAGGUGUUGGAAGGUCUGUUACGUGCGGCCCUCGAUCCAUCGAGUUUCGUGAAGAAGAAGAAGCUUCCGGAAGUUUCUGAGUUUGUUUCGGCCUUCCGGAGCUCGGUUUUUGAAGACGGGUCGAACGAGAAGGAACCCAUGUCGGACCUCGAGUUUAUCGAGCGGAAACUGGAGUCGAUUCGGGAAAUGGUGAAGGGAUGUGAAGAAGGGGAAAUGAGUGAAGCAAUGAAGGGAAAUUUGGAAGAAGGGAUCGAAGAGGUUCUUGAGAAGGUUUGGAAAAUGAAAUGAAAUGAAAUGAAAUGAAGUGAAUUUGUUUGGUUUGGUAGUAAAAUUAGGUUUUGGAGGUUAGAAAUUUCAAGGAUGGAAAUAGAUUAUAUAUUUUGCCUUUUUUCUUUCUUGUUAUCUUUGGAUUCGAGUCU